AUGCUCCUUACGUUUUUGCUGCUGGCCGUCGCGUGCGUGGCCGAAAAGGUCGAAUUGACCUCGUCUGCAGCAGAAUAUUGCACAGGAAUGUACUCGAAGCAGGACUGGGGCGGGCCGGUCGACCCGUUCAUCAAGGUCGACGUCAAGAGGUUUGGCUCGGACGACGCCUCCCACAGCCCGCUCUCGCUCAUCGUGUUCGAGUAUAGAGACCUCGACUACAUCGGUGUGCACGACAACCACACAGGAAAAACCCACUACGUGUGCACGCCGGAACUCGUGCAGGAGGCGCAGUGUUCCAGCGACCAGCUCGACCAGUUUAUCGUGCUGUCCAACACAUCCGGCUCGAAUCUGAUCAGCACUGCACAGCUCACAGAGCUCGGCACAAACGGCUACAGUUACCACGUUGCCAACACAGGCUACUAUUGCGUCGCCGUGCACGCCCCGAAACAUUCUGGCUCGGACUCGUUCAGCGUGAUAGUCAACUUCCACAACGCUUACGGCAAUUUGCCCGCGUCGGAGAUCCCGAAACUGCCGCUGUACGGGCUUCUGGCCGUCGUCUACGCCGUCUGUUUGAGUGUGUACCUGUUCCAGGUGUUCAAACACCGGUCGGAGCUGCUGUUGCUGCAGAAGUAUCUGGCCGGCUUCUUCGUGUUUCUCACCGUCGAAAACAUCCUUGUGUGGUCGCUGUACGACGUGGAAAACAACAACAAGAAAUUCCCGAUCCCCGACGGCAUCAAGUUCUACAUUUCGUUCGUGUCAAUGCUGAACGCGUUCCGGAUCUCUUUCUCGCUGUUCCUGCUGCUGAUCAUCUCACUCGGCUACGGCGUCGUGUAUCCGAAGCUGCAGCGCAACGUGAUGAAUAAGUGCAAGCUGCUGGCGGCGGCGCACUUCGUCGUCAGCACCGUCUACGUCUGGUUCUCGUACUACUCGAGCCAGGUCCAGCCGUCCAACACCACCACGAACACGUCCAAGGCGUCCAGCACGAUCGAGUCGAACUCGUGGCUCGUGAUCGCGGUCACGUUGCCGCUGGCCGUCCUGCUGGUGGUCUUCUACUUCCUGAUCCUCUCGUCCCUGCAGAAGACUGUCAAGCUGCUCGCCGAGAAAAAACAAAUCGUCAAGCUCAAAAUGUACAGAAACCUGUUCAAGUUGAUUUUUUUCUCGAUGCUGCUCAUGCUGUUUGCGCUCAUCAUCAACAUCGUUCUCGUCUUCAACGACUCGCUCACAGAGUCGAUCGAGCGACUGUGGAAGUUCAGCGACGUUCUCACAGACUUCUGGCCCGCCUGUAUCUAUUUCAUUGUGUUUAUCGGGCUGGCCAUCAUCUGGCGACCAACAGACUCGUCGUAUUUGCUUGCUGCGUCUUCGCAAAUUCCUACAACCGACAACGGCGAAAUCGACCCCGAGGAGCCGCAGGAAAUCUACAACAAUCUGGAUCAGUUCGGCAACGAGUUUGAGUUUGACGACCUGCGCAGUCUGGACAGCGACAAUCCGUUUGACGACCGCGCAGCUACCGAGCACAGCCCGGAAGACCCGUUCCGGGACCCGGAACACAAACCGGACAGCGACCACUUCAAGAUAGACGACGAGGAUGAGCACGAGGUGCCGAGGGAGGACAAGAAUAAAUAG